CUCAAUCCAGGCCGACGAGACCACCGAUAUUGCCACACAGUGCCAACUUGUGCUUGUGCUGCGGUACAUUGACGCCAAAAGCAACGUGCAGGAGAGGUUUUUUGAGUUUAUUCCUCUGCGUUCAACUACAGCUGAUUCCAUCGCUACAGUACUAAAAGAACGUCUUGCUGUCAUCCUUCCUGAGGAUCAAAAGAGUAAACUCAUCUCCCAAACUUAUGAUGGAGCCAGCGUGAUGAGGGGUGCCACUGCAGGUGUUCAAAGGAAGAUGCAAGAUGUGUACCCAAAUGCCCAUUACAUCCACUGCUAUGCACACCAACUCAAUCUGAUAAUGCAACAGGCCACUUCUCACAUAUCCAAAGUGAGGAUUUUUUUUUUCUGACCUUGGAGGAUUUUCCAGCUUUUUCUCAAGAUCACCCAAGCGCACAGAUGUCCUUGAUAAAGUAGUCGCACAUAGACUACCAACAUCAAGCAAUGUUAGAUGGAACUUCCACAGCCGUGCAAUCAAUACAGUGUUUGAGCACAGAGAGGACCUCAUCCGCUGUUUUCAAUCUAUUAGAGACUCAGGUGACUUUGACCCCGUUACCGUCAGAGAGGCAGGAGCCUUUGCCAUGCUGCUGGAGAAUCAGGAUUUCAAGUUUUUUUUGCAACUUUUCCACAACAUCAUGCCACAUGUGGACCUCCUCUAUGCCAAACUCCAGAAGAAGGACAUAGAUUCAGUCCACAUCAGGGGGAGCAUCCAGCAGUUUCAGCAGGACAUACAGAAGAUCAGAAAUUCUCUCCAUUCUCUGGUUGACCAAUGCAGUGAAGGUGGUUCUCAACCUAAGAGGCGGCGGUCACUCAGUCCAGAGGUCUAUGAACGGAUUGCAGCAGAAGUCUGUGAUACCAUACUCCGACACACAUUGGAAAGGUUCUCCUUCACAGACCACCUCGUUAGUGCCACCUUGCUGCAAGCAGACAGGUUUGAGCAGUAUACAAUGGCAUUUCCUGAAGAUGCACUAAGCAGGACUCUGAAGGCCUAUCCAGUGCUCGACGGAAGUAAGCUGAAGACAGAGCUUAGUCUUAUCUACUGCAAGGAAGAGUUUAGAGCCUGUUGUGGUGCUUUGGACCUACUCCAGCUGUUUAUGGAGAACAAUCUUGAGGAAGUCUUUUCAGAGACUGUAACUCUCCUAAAGAUUCUUGUAACCACACCCAUGACCACAGCAGAAGCUGAGAGGUGCUUCUCAACCUUGAAAAGAAUUAAAACAUUUCUGAGAAAUAGCAUGACCCAAGAGAGGCUGAAUGCAUUGGCCAUGUUGUCAAUAGAGAAGAGACUGGUGACUGAGAUGACUGACUUUAACCAGAAGGUCAUUGAGAAAUUUGCAAGCCAGAAAGAAAGGAGAGCAAAAUUUGUUUUCAAGUAGUACUACUGGCCAGUGAUUAGGCAACAUUUCUGUGUGUGUGUUUGAUUAUAUUAAUUACUUCAU